AUGGAUGAAGGAAUCGUUAUCAAAGCAUACGGUGGGGUUUAUGAUGUCCAAAUCAGGGAACAACUCUGCCACUGCUCAUUGCGACAUCAUAUUAUUGAAGCGGAUAGACGGGAGCGUGCAGAAACGAAAGAGUUGCCCUACGUGGAUCUCGUUUCCGUCGGUGAUCGGGUGCAAAUUUCGCGGGCACAGUCGAAAACGGAUGUAGGUUAUAUUGAGGAAAUUCUUCCGCGUCAGACCCAAUUUGGUCGUACGCGCGUAAACAAAUUGCCACAGGUCAUUGUAGCCAAUCUCGAUCUCCUGCUAGUCAUCUUUGCGGCACGAAACCCUCAACUCAAAUUACGCAUGCUGGAUCGAUUUCUCGUGACAGCAGAGGCAUCGGGGAUGUUACCCGUAAUCUGUAUUAACAAGAUUGACUUGGUCCAACUGGAAAAAUUAAAAGCACAAAUGGCACUGUACGAGGGAAUCGGUUACAAUCUAAUCUACACCAGUAUUGUAACGGGUGCUGGAAUUGACGAAAUGCGUACAGUGAUGAAAGAUCGGAUUUCCGCUAUCGUCGGAUCGUCUGGCGUUGGCAAAUCAUCACUACUCAACGAAAUUCAACCGGGCUUGCAGCUACGUGUUGGUGAUGUUGAUGAGCGGAUGCACAAGGGGCAGCACACCACAACGGAGGUUGCCUUGUUGCCACUCCAUUUUGGUGGGUUCGUCGCGGACACACCGGGCAUCCGUACACUCGGCUUGUUUGAGAUUGAUGAUGAGCAGGGGCUGGACAUCCAUUUCCCCGAAAUGCGUCCCUACAUUCCCGAAUGCAAAUUUGCAGCGUGCACCCAUCAACAUGAGCCGGGGUGUGCGGUUAAAAGUGCUGUCGAGGGUGGAAAGAUUAGCGAAUUGCGAUACGAUAGCUACUUGCGCAUAUCGGGAUUUAGUGCAGGAAGAUUUGAGCGUGAAGGACCGAAGAAAGAGAAAAAACGGUAUGAGAGGAGGCAUAAACGUGCGAAGCGAUAG